UCUUUGUUUUGCUUAUAAAAGACUUUCUAAUCUUCGUUACUAAGAUUCUCUUACAAUCUUCGUUACCAUUUUUUUGUUAUAGGUAAACCAACCAAAACCUAAAUCACUCGUUCUAUCUUGCUUUUUCUCUUCUCGAGACAUAAUCAACCCAAAAAAACAUGAAGAGAGACCGGUCCGAUUACGAAGAAUCCAUCACAGAUUUAGACAUAGUAAAAAGUCUCAUGAUGUUAUCUCAGAGUUUCGUGGUCAAGCAAAUCGAGGUAAAGCAAUCAACCCGAACCAGAACCAAUGAUAACCAAUUCGAGUGCAAAACCUGUAAUCGAAAAUUUGAUUCGUUCCAAGCUCUAGGAGGUCACAGAGCCAGCCACAAGAAACCUAAGCUGAGUAUUGACCAAGAACAAGUUAAGCAUCGUAACAAUGAGAAUGCUGCGCAUAAGUGUUCGACUUGCGGUCAAAUGUUUGGGACAGGUCAAGCUUUAGGAGGUCACAUGAGAAAGCACAGGGAGAGCAUGAGAACCGAACAACCGGUUGUCUCGUCUACGGUUUAUCCGGUUUUGAACCGAUGUAAUAGCAGCAAGUGCUUGGAUUUGAAUCUAACUCCAUUGGAGAAUGACCUUGUAUAUGCGUUUGGGAAGAAUUUGGCUGAUUUGAAGUUUGUAAAUUAGUUUUUCUUUGUGCAUAUCACUUAGGAUUUGUAAUUUAGUUGUAAUUUCUCUUGUCAAACAUUACUUUCAUUCUUUUAUAUGUCAUCUAUGUAUACACAAAU